AUGAGAAUCGAUUAUUACAGAUUAUCUCUGUCUUGGACUCGACUAAUGCCUACUAGUUUUCCCGAUCAAAUCAACCCGGCCGGCGUAGAAUUUUACAAUAACUAUAUCAACGAAAUGCUGAAAUAUAAUAUGACACCUAUGGUCACACUGUACCACUGGGAUUUACCUCAGAAGCUGCAGGAAAUGGGCGGCUGGACGAACCCUAACAUUGUUGACUGGUUCGCCGACUACGCUCGUACUGCAUUCGAGUUAUUUGGAGACCGAGUCAAGUUCUGGAUCACAUUCAAUGAGCCACAAAUAUUCUGCCGCAACGGCUACGGUGACGUGACUAUGGCGCCGCGACUGAACAUCAAAGGGAUAGCGGAGUAUUUAUGCUCAAAGAAUAUGCUCAUGUCACACGCUAAAACUUGGCAUAUGUACGACGAGGAGUACAGAUCGAAACAGAGCGGCACUGUCAGUAUUACGUUAAGCUCCACUUGGCAUGAACCAGAAGAUGAAAACAACCCGGAACACGUUCAAGCCGCCCAAGAUGCCAACCAAUUUGACUGGGGCCAAUAUGCCUAUCCUAUUUUCUCAGAUGAAGGAGCUGGUUAUCCAAAGGAAAUGGUAGACAAUGUGGCUGCUAAGAGCGCGGCGCAAGGGUACCCCAGGUCCAGAUUACCCGAAUUUACCGAAGAAGAAAAAGCAACUUACGUCCGCGGAACAUCCGACUACUUCGGUCUGAAUCAUUACUCCUCGUCAAUAACAUACAGAAAUGACUCUGUAGACGGAUAUCAUAGCACUCCUUCCUUAUGGGACGAUGCAAAUAUAGCGACAUACGAAUUGCUGGAAUGGAAAAUUGGAGCAUCUGAUUUUACUAAGUACACACCGUGGGGAUUCUACAAACUUCUAACAAAGAUAAGACAGAACUACAAUAACCCCCCGGUAUUUAUCACUGAGAACGGAUUCGCGGCCUUGGGCGGGUUGGAUGACGAGGAUCGCGUGCAGUACUACCGGGGCUACCUAGACGCCAUGCUGGAUGCCAUCAAUGAGGGCUCUGACAUCAGGGGCUACACCGCCUGGAGCCUCAUGGACAACUUCGAAUGGAUGGAGGGUUACACUCAGCGGUUUGGUCUGUACGAGGUGGACUACACAGACCCGGCCCAAACCCGCACCCCCCGCAAGUCCGCCUUCGUCUACAAGGAGAUAGUCCGCUCGCGCACUCUCGACCCCCACUACCAACCCGCCGCCACUGUUAUGACCAUCGAUGAAGGACUAGGGUUAGGGAAGUUUGGGAAUAACAAAAUGCUGAAAGGCUUGCUUUUAAGUACAACAGUGCUCGUCUUGGCCGAGAGCAAAUCGGCAGGCAGUCGGCUCGGGGUGUGUAAGUUCCCCGAUGGGUUCCUCUUCGGAACAGCCACUGCCUCUUACCAAAUAGAGGGCGCUUGGGAUGAAGAUGGGAAAUCUGAAAACAUUUGGGACCAUUUGACUCAUACAGAUCCUUGCGCUAUCAAAGAUUGCUCCAAUGGAGACAUCGCGGACGACUCGUACCAUUUAUAUAAAAGAGACGUCGAGAUGAUGAGAGAACUAGGAGUCGACUAUUAUAGAUUCUCUUUGUCUUGGACUCGACUAAUGCCCACCAGUUUUCCCGAUCACAUAAACCCGGCCGGCGUAGAAUUUUACAAUAACUAUAUCAACGAAAUGCUGAAAUAUAAUAUAACACCUAUGGUCACACUGUACCACUGGGAUUUACCUCAGAAGCUGCAGGAAAUGGGCGGCUGGACGAACCCUAACAUUGUUGACUGGUUCGCCGACUACGCUCGUACUGCAUUCGAGUUAUUUGGAGACCGAGUCAAGUUCUGGAUCACAUUCAAUGAGCCACACGCAUCCUGCCGCGCUGGUUACGGCGACGUGACCAUGGCACCGCGACUAAACAUCAAGGGGAUAGCAGAGUAUUUAUGCUCUAAAAAUAUACUUAUGUCACACGCUAAAGCCUGGCAUGUAUACAAUAAUGAGUUCAGAUCGAAACAGAGCGGUACUGUCAGUAUUACGUUAAGCUCAACUUGGUAUGAACCUGAAGAUGAAAAUAACCCGGAACAUAUUCAAGCCGCUAAAGAUGCCAACCAAUUUGAUUGGGGCCAAUAUGCGCAUCCUAUAUUCUCGGAAAGUGGAGGUUAUCCACAGGAAAUGAUAGAAAACGUAGCUGCUAAGAGUUCUCUGCAAGGAUAUUCUAAAUCCAGAUUACCCGCUUUUACCGAAGAGGAAAAGGCAUAUGUUCGUGGAACAGCCGACUACUUUGGCCUGAAUCAUUACUAUGCAGUAUUAACAUACAGAAAUGAAACUGUAAACGGAUAUCAUGCCACUCCUUCUUUCUGGGACGACAUAAAUGCAAUUGUAUACACAUUAGAAGAGUGGAAAACUGGAGAAUCAGGUUUUGUUAAAUUCACACCUUGGGGAUUCUACAAAAUCCUUACAAAUAUAAGGAAAGACUACAACAACCCGCCGGUGUAUAUCACUGAGAACGGAUUCGCGACGCUAGGCGGGUUGGAAGAUGAGGACCGCGUGCGUUACUACCGGGCCUACUUGGGCGCCAUGCUGGAUGCCAUCGAUGAGGGCUCUGACAUCAGGGGCUACACCGCCUGGAGCCUCAUGGACAAUUUCGAAUGGAUGCAGGGUUACAUUGAGCGGUUUGGUCUGUACGAGGUGGACUACACAGACCCGAAUCGAACCCGCACCCCCCGCAAGUCCGCCUUCGUCUACAAGGAGAUAGUCCGCUCGCGCACUCUCGACCCCCACUACCAACCCGCCGCCACUGUUAUGACCAUCGACGAAGGACAUUAAUUGAUCUCUAAAUAAAAAAAAUACUUAUUUUUUUUUAUAAUUUACUAAAAACAUCACUUUGAACUUUCUUUGAAUGCUAGAAAUUCCAAUUAAGUUUAGGUACCUACGAAGUGUCGAUUUGGAAACGAUGAUGCAUGUUAUGUUAUGUGUUAAGCCGUUAAGGAAAAUUGCUACUAAAUUAUUUUAUUCGAAUGUUUUUAACCAAAAUUCAUUAUUAUACGACAACGGCAUACCUCUUCGAUACUAAAUAAGUAAGAGCCUAUAAAACAGAAGCAUAUAAAAGUUAUUAGAGCAUCCCCCAAUGCUUUUGUUGGUAAAAUGCGGAGGAAAUUGCCAAAUCACAUUACAGGGCAAGCGGUCUUUUAUUGUACAAAAAGCGCCUCAUAUAUGUAUAAAAGCAUACUCGUAACUACGUUAAACCCUUUCCGGGCAAAUUCGAACAUAUCUUAAUAUGAUAGAGAUCGGAUAUGUCAGUGUUGACCAUACCAUAACCGGAUGCAUAUCGCAUUUAGAGCUAAUUUCGGAUGUUUAUUUUAAUUCGAAUCAGGCAGUUUACUGGUAUAUGGCCCCUAGCGCGCGCGAAGAGUUUUCACUUCAUAAUCAGAAUCAAUGCUACGAAGGUAAAAUGUAGCUUUUCAUACUACUUUAGUGCCUAUUAUGCAUUAGGGACUUUUAUUAAAGUGUAACAUUAAUAUGAUAAUAUAAUUGAUAAUGAGCAUUUAUUAUCACGAUAUUAAUAAUUUUCGCCUUUAUUAGGUAUAGAACAUAAUAU